UUUGAAGUACCAUCACAAAGAACCUUUGCACAUGAGGGGCUGUGUAACUGAAACUUCUGAGCAGAAUUUAGGUGACCGCCGUGAUCAAAUCAGCCGAGUGCCUGGCCAUGUAGCAGCUGAAACUCGAUGGCUUCUACAGGGAGCCAGGCCUCUGAUACAGACAACAUUUUUGGAUUCCUCAGUGAUGGCGCACCCCCCACCAAAAAGCCCAGGAAACUGCUUCCAAGCUUAAAAAGUAAGAAGCCUCGGGAACUCGUGCUGGUGAUUGGAACAGGCAUUAGUGCUGCGGUUGCUCCUCAGGUUCCCGCCCUGAAGUCCUGGAAGGGGUUAAUUCAGGCCUUACUGGACGCUGCCAAUGAUUUUGAUCUUCUAGAAGAUGAGGAGAGCAAAAAAUUUCAGAAAUGUCUCCACGAAGACAAGAAUCUUGUUCAUGUUGCCCAUGACCUUAUUCAGAAACUCUCCCCUCGUACUAGUAAUGUUCGAUCCACGUUUUUUAAGGACUGUUUAUAUGAAGUAUUCGAUGACUUGGAGUCAAAGAUUGAAGACUCUGGGAAACAGCUACUUCAGUCAGUUCUCCACCUGAUGGAAAAUGGGGCCCUGGUACUGACAACAAAUUUUGACAAUCUCCUGGAACUGUAUGCAGCAGACCAGGGAAAACAGCUUGAGUCCCUUGAUCUUACUGAUGAAAAAAAGGUCCUAGAGUGGGCUCAAGAGAAGCGGAAGCUGAGCGUGUUACACAUCCAUGGGGUCUACACCAAUCCUAGUGGCAUUGUCCUCCACCCAGCUGGGUACCAGAAUGUGCUCAGGAACACAGAAGUCAUGAGAGAGAUUCAGAAACUCUAUGAAAACAAGUCAUUUCUUUUCCUGGGUUGUGGCCAGACUGUGGAUGACACCACUUUCCAAGCGCUUUUUCUGGAGGCCGUCAAGCAUAAAUCUGACCUAGAACAUUUCAUGCUGGUUCGGAAAGGAGAUAUAGAUGAGUUCAUGAAGCUUCGAGAAAACAUGCUGGACAAAGGAAUUAAGGUCAUCUCCUAUGGAAAUGAAUAUGCUGAUCUUCCUGAAUAUUUCAAGCGACUGACCUGUGAGAUCUCCACGAGGGGUAGAUCAGCAGGGAUGGUGAGAGAAGGUCAGCUAAAUGGUUCACCUGCAGCACACAGUGAAAUAAGAGACCUCAGCACAUGAGAGUGCUACAGAAGUCAGCACCACUAGACCAAGCUGUAAGGCCCUGCCGUGGACAGUGUUUAACAGUCAACUUACAAGAGUCCAACACAGCUCCAAGGAAGAACCAAAACCCAGACGUUGAAGACUGGGGCUAGAGUUUGGGGCGGGGAACAUUCCACCUUAAUUCUUUGUGCCGCCGGUUCUUGGUCUUUCGGUUUUUGUUUUUUUGUUUUCUGGUUCUUGGUCUUUUGCGGCCUGUUCCAGUUUGAAAAUACCCAAGUGACAAUGGGAUCCCUGUGCAGCUCCCACCCCCCAGGCUGGACACACUGCUGUACCCGCACCGCAGACCAGUGACAGCUGAGUAGGCUGCUGCUCCGCAUGAAGGACUCACCAUG